AUGAAGCCACGCCUCCAGACCAGUCCAAUCGGAGACGGGCUGGCCCCCAGGCGGACGCAGGCUCUCGCUCGUCCCGGGAGGCAGAAGGCAGGAGUCAUGUCCCCGGGCCGGACCCCCCCUCUGCCCCUGCUGAUGUGUCUGCUGCUGGCCGGCGGCCGCCAGCGCGCGCACGCCGCGCGGCCCCUGCUCGUGUUCCUGAUCGACGGCUUCCGGUACGACUACAUGGACGACCUGCCCGCCCUGCCGGGCUUCGGGGAGCUGGUGGGCAGCGGGGUGAAGGUGGACUACCUGACGCCGGACUUUCCCAGUCUGUCGUACCCCAACUACUACACCCUGAUGACCGGUCGUCACUGUGACAGCCAUCACAUGACCGGAAACUACAUGUGGGAUGAAGACUCCAAACGGGAGUUUUUGAUCGGAACCAAUCCGGACAGCCGGUUGCCUCUUUGGUGGGAUGGUUCAGAGCCACUGUGGGUCACCCUGCAGAAGCUGGGAAAGGACGUUUUCAUGUACUACUGGCCUGGCUGUGAGGUGGAAAUUCUGGGUGUCCGUCCAACAUUCUGUGAAGAAUACGUAUACAACCCAUCAGAGCAAAACCUCACCCAGUCAAUAAUCAAUGCUCUGGAUGUCCUGAGGUCAGGAAAAGCCGACAUGGUGGCGGUAUAUUAUGAGAAAAUCGACGUUGAGGGACACCACUUUGGUCCCGGGUCCCAAGAGGUCAGAACGGCCGUUCAGCGCCUGGACUUGGCCAUGCAGACUCUCAACAGCCAAAUCAAACUGUUACACCUGGAGAACCAGCUGAAUGUGCUGCUGUUUUCAGACCACGGGAUGACCAAGAUCCACUGGAUGGAGAAGGUCAUAGAGCUGGAGAUGUACAUCCACAUGUCGGACAUCGGGAAGAUGAUGGACAGAGGGCCGGUGGUCAACCUGUGGCCCAAAGAAAACAAGUACAAUGAGGUGUAUGCGGCUCUGUCCCGGGUUCCUAACAUGCGGGUCUACGGCAGACAGGAAUUCCCCGAGCGCUUCCACUACAAAGAUGGCCGGUUCGUGUCCCCCCUGACUCUAGUGGCUGAGCCGGGCUGGUUUAUUGUCGAGAAUAAGACUAAACUCCCCUUUUGGAAGAAUGACUCCGGGGAGCCUUCAGCGUGGCAGAACGGCUGGCAUGGUUAUGAUAAUGAGUUCCUGGACAUGAGAGGAUUUUUCCUGGCAGCGGGACCAGACUUCAAACGGAAUGUUCGCGCAGCUCCGAUCCGAUCAGUGGACAUCUACAAUCUGAUGUGCUGGACGUUAGGAGUGGCUCCCCUACCCAACAAUGGCUCCUGGUCUCGGGUGGAGUACCUGCUCAGUGGUUCCGACGGUCCACUCCGGCCGGCGACCCGCUGGACAUGCUGCUUUAGUCUGUUAGGACUCCUCUCGCUAAUGAGGAAUUAA